GAGGUACAUGUUAAAAAAUGGAUGCAUUUCCAGAGAUGGGGGCUCCCGAGGCGCGUGGAGGAGUCCCUGAGACAGCAUAUGCCAAACCCACCAUUGAAUUAUCACCCUAGAAAUAACCAACCACUGUGUUUCUUCAUGAAUAAUACUUCUCAAGUACCAGUUCAUAGAUUUGGGACUGUUUCCCACCAGACCUGGUGUUCAUGUAUGGCUGGUCAGCCUACCCAGAUCUUUUGGGUUUCUGAAUGGUCCAUUACAGACCCACAACAAAGGCACCACAGCCAGAAAGUUCUGAACCCUAUGGCUCUAGCCUUGCCCUCUCCAGUCCAUGAAGUCUCAGAUGGCCCCUAUUCACUGCCUCGAGGACAGGUUAAUGAGUCAGGGAUCCACCUGCAGCAGAAAUGCAGCCAGCUGUUCUGUGGCCUCCCUUCUCUGCACAGUGAGUCCCUUGUCACCACUUUCUUGGGUCCUCAAGGCGUUUCUCAGAAUGAGAGCCCAUACAAACCACUCUUAAAGGAUCCCUUUCUCUUUAAGGAGGUCUCCUUCCUCCCCCUGCUGCCUAAAACCCCACUCCAGUCAGCCCCACCCUCUUUUCCACUUCCCCCAAAUUGGCUGUCUUCAUCUGAUCAUCAACAAGUUCAGAUCAAUGUCCCAUUUCUGACGCUGGCUGAGUGUGAAGCCUUAGAGUGGCACCUGCUGCAGAGGCAGCUC